CUCCAGCCUCCAAAACUUUUCAUGUCUUCUUAAAGAAGAAGCUGGAAGCGAAAGUCAAAAGUGGACAGGGACACUUUACUGUGUCGACUCGCCUCACACAACCCGUUACAGGCAGGCCGGACAGUAGACGGUCGUGUUAAGGAGCGGGAAUAAUCAAAGGAAAACGUUUUAUCCUCACACCGACGGUCGUGGAAAAGUCCAUUUAAGGGAAAAGACUAAAAGGAUGGCCAGGAAGUUUCAAAGUUUGGCGUUGGUCGUUUUAAGCUUCCUCUCUGUGACAACUGAAGCCCAACAAGGUCAAAUUUUACAACUACAAAAUGUCUCCCUGCAAUGGAUUAAUGAUUUUCAAACACAGGUGUCCUGGGCACCAGUGGGGAACUGCUCAUAUAAUGGGUAUUUUGAAGACUCGAAACAAAACAAUAUUACUAAUCCCUGGCAGAAGGCUGUUGUGAUGGAAGGGGGAUCCCUGCAGUUAAUUGUUGAAGCUACCUGUAAUGGCUCACGUACAUACAAGGCCACCAUCAACCGGACUUACCCAGACCUGGUGAGGGAUUUGGAGUGCUACCUCUAUGCCGAAAACAAAACCCGCUGCUCCUGGAACCCAGUCAGUCCAAAUGUUCCAGAUUUCAGGUUUUUCUAUAGGUUAAUAAAUGAGGAUUUCCAGCAAUCGGCUGACCUUAAGCCCUCUUUUGACGUCAAAGAGUGCUCAUCGUACCUUCCCAGUACAAAAGGAGUCAAGACUGGUUGUGAUCUGGACGCGGGCAUCCUCAACGACAUUGACAUUUCGUUUAAAGGAACUCUGAACAACAUGUUGGCCAGGAACACCUUCAAGAUAAAGCUUAUAGAUAAUGUAAGACAUCCUGCCCUCAAGUGGACUGUCACUAAAACUGGAAAUAAAUUCAAUAUGAGAUGGAAUCCUCCUGCCAUCCGCGGCCCGAAUUGGAUGUUUGAACUUAAGUACACUAAGUGUAAUGAAACUCAGACUCGCGAGAUAAAAGGAGGAGAAACAUCAUUCGAGUUGCACGCCGACCCUAACUGUCCGUACAGUAUGGCUAUUAGAGCAGUGGCUGAGACACACAGUAGCAACAAUGACAACCGAAGAAACAUACCAUGGAGCGAAGAGAAACACUUUGAUGCAGAUACAGUUCCUAAUGGGUGGCUGUAUGCUGCCAUUAUCAUCCCAGUGAUGUUCGGUGUCCUGGCAGUGCUGAUGUUUGUGUGUUUCAAGAAGAAUAAGGAAAAUAUUUUCCCCAAAGUACCAGAACCUCGGGACCUCCUCACCGAUAUUUCUGACAACAACAAUAAGUACAAUGUUCGCAACCUGUACAUCCAAGCAGAGGAAGAAGAGACCUGUAAAAUCACUCUCUUGGCAGAUCCCCUAAACAGCAAACCUGACUUCUGACCCACCUCUGCAGCGGCAACAGCUUGAAUCUGCAGCAGUCUCCCAAAUUCUUGGUGCACUGGCUCAACAAAAAAUUGGGAGACUUUACUGUUAAACUGAAUCAAAGAGAUUCGUUAGCCAAGUGCAUCAAGUGAGAUGUCAACUCAGUCUUCCAUUUUACCAAAACAAACAAACAAACAAACAAAGCCUAUGGCAGCUACUGCAUUCUAGUGUAUUGUUGUUCCCAAACUGAUGCAGCUCCAAUCAAACUUCACACGGCUUACUCACUGUUAUUUAUUUAAAAACAGUAGUACAGAAGUGACUUACACUGAAUGGCAUGGAACUGAAGGUCCUUGUCUUAUCAGCCCAAAUAUGCCACUGCAUUACGCCAAAUUCACAUCAGUAUUCCAUAUUUAGAAAUCCUCAUCACCAUGAUAUAUUAACGCACACCAGCAGCUCCUUGUUUGGAAAUGCAGUUGGUUAGUUACCUUGGAGUCCUGACCUCCACCGGGGUUGCCGAAGCUUUAUGGGGGGGUUGUGAGGCCUUCUUGAUGUAAAGGGAGUAUGAAGACUUGAGAGGAAAAACCCCAUUCAUUUCUGAUUCAAGAUACAAACUUUUUUUAAAAAAACCUCACAAAGUGAACACAAGAUUCAUUCCUGCUGCCAGGAAUGAAUCCCAAAACCUGAAAAUGAGUUAGCAUUUUAGCAUCCCAGAUUCCCUCACCUUGAAGUCAAUGGGUUUUUGGUUUAAAGCCUGAAAUAAGGUGUAGGGUUAACACAAGCUUAAGAGACUUUAACGUUUUGUUCUAUGCCAUAAGAUACGUUAGUUGUUUGUUUGCCACAGAGCUUAUUUUCUGUAGCAACCCCCAAAUCCAGCGGAAAAAUCCCAUAGGCUUUUUGCUCAAGCUAACUUCCGUGUCGGCCAGUUGAAAACGUCAUCCCUGCUGCGCUCUAUAUUCUCAGAGCCUUCACUCUCAGUUUAACAGCUUUGUCCUGCAUUAAAUAAAUAUGCAGUUAAAACAACCAAAGAGGUAAUAGAGCAAUGGCCAAGCUUUAGGUAGAAGAAAACACUGAAUGAAGCCUAUUUAGUAUUUAUGAUAGUUAAAACUAAAUCUAUAUAAAUAUCAGGAAAACUCAUCUCUAAUACAAUAUUCACAGGAAAUCUGCUCAAAACUCAUCCAAGACUCUUGUUUUACACAAACUUCCUACAGGUUUUGCAUUCACUAUUUGGGUUAGCUGUACAGUUUAUUCGUUGUUCUGUCAUUAUUGUUACACAUUGGAUAUAAUUUGUCACUUAGUCAGUUUACUGAAAUACAGACUAGGGUUCCUUUAAGGAAAACGACAGGGAACUACUUCCCUACAUGACCAUGUUUUUCUCUGAGCAUUAAGUCUUUUGUUGCACUUAAUAAUUCCCCUGCUGCUGUGCUUCGGGCACCACUUUCAGGUAAUUUACAUUCAUGUGUCCCUAGAGGUGCUGAAGCAAUACAGAAAACAUUUUUUAUAACUUUCUUGAUAAGUGAUUUUUAGGAUUUAGCAGGCAUUAUAUGCGAGCUUAUGUUUGGAUUUUCUACUUUUUGAGAGGGUGAAGGUAGCUUGGAGGCUGAAAACCAUGUGUUCUACAGAGAUUUCACCGUAGCAUUGUCCUCUGAUUGUUUGCUAUGUGAUUGGACAAAGGUGGGUGCAGCCACUUUUUAAGUAAAGAGAAAUGAUUUUUCUUUGGAUUACCUGUCUGCAGAGCUCCAGCAGGAGCGUAGAUAGAUGUGAAUUUCCAGGCAGUUGAUUUUCAGCCCAAGUAUACAGGCUGAUAGUUUCACACUGAACCCUGCUGAUAUAUUUUAACUUCUACUAUUUAACUUGUGCUUUAAUUCUCCAAUGAUUUCCUUUCUCCUUUUUUAUUCUGCUUUCAAAACAGCUCUGAGAUGUUUGUAGAAAUGAAAAAGAUAUGAAUGGUAUUACAUUUGCUCUCUCUUGAGAGAGAGCACGCAGGAAUACAAUAUAUUGAAUGUGUAAUGUUUUGAGAAGUCCAGGAAUGAUUGGACUUGUAAAAAUCUCUUUAAGCUCAGAUAUACUGUUACUAUUACCACCCCCUUUUUUUAUUCUGUUGAGGACUAUGACCAUGAAAUGAAUGAAGCACUCGUGUAAAGAUGCGUAUGUAUUGAUACUGUUACUGUACAGUUUGAAACAGUGAUAGACUGAAUGUUUUGAUGACGUGCUCAGACUGGCUAAUGCUGGGUCCAACUUUUGUGUGGUUUAUAAUUCAUUUUAUGAUACUCUGAUAGUUUUUCAAUAAAUAUAUGUAAUUUCUGCACAUAAAGUUUUUAAUUACACACCUUGAAAAUGUAGUUAUUUUUAAAAAACGUGGUAUCAAGCAUUGUGUCGCUGAAGUAAAGGAACAGUUUGACAUUUUACUUAAGAAAUGAGAAACAUUGUAAUUAUAGUUUGAUUUAGUUAACUUUACAAUUAUCACAUUAUAUCUCAUUUGUUCGUUCUGUUAUUAAAGCAUAUUGUGGUUUUA